AUGACAGUAGCAGGUCUCAUGGCGACAAAACCUAGGAGCUUUGGUGGUUGCUGGACCUGCCGGCUCCGGCGUAAGAAGUGCGACGAGACGCGACCCAUCUGCGGCGCCUGCUCAACGCUGGAGAUCGAAUGCCAGUAUGGAGACGAAAAGCCUGAAUGGAUGGAUGGCGGCGAACGUCAAAAGCGCAGGGCCGAAUGGUUGAAAGCUGAAGUUAAGAGGAGGGCGGCGCAUCGUCGCGAGCGUCGCCAGCUCCAUGGCCUCGAGGUCCGUCUUGAGUCAUUGGAUGCUUCACUAACUGACGAGAGCGACUCUACUGUUCCUCGGGACCUCAUCAACACCACGGCGCGCCCUGUUGCCCCAUCGAUGGAUGCUUCUUCGUCGUCAUCGCCUUAUAUCAAAACCGAAUCGUCUUCUGCAUCUUCGCCAAGUGUCAGAACCCCACAUUCACGAUCGGCCACUCCCCAUACUGACUCUUGCUCCUCUGUCCCGACGCCCGAGGAUUUGUCGGAUUCUCACGCCGAGUCGAGCUUAGAAGCGGCAUUCUCAUUAGAGAUUGAGGCUCACUCUAUCAUGCUUUACUUAGACUAUGUCUUCCCAUUUCUCUUUCCCUUCUACAAGCCACCGUUUUUCGAUGCUGGUAGAGGAUGGCUUCUUGUUCUCCUGACAAAGAAUAAGGCUCUCUUCCACUCCGCAGUAAGCCUGUCCGGAUACUUCUACGGCAUAAUCUUGAGCCACACAAGUCAGGGACAUCAGCACUGCACCAAGAACACUCACGAGGCCCUUCAUAAGCAACAAGGUUUAGCUCUCCAGUGGUUGCAACGUGAGAUGCAAGAUAUCAUCACCCGCGGUGUGAAAAGCAACCUUGUUGAAGCAAACCGUGUGAUGGCCAGCAUCGUUCAGUUAUUGACAUCCGAAGUUGCAAUUGGCACCCCGGGGAACUGGAAGAUGCACUUGGGUGCCGCGACAGAACUUUUCAACGAAAUCAUGAAGCACCACGCCGUUACGCCCUCUGGAUUCCCUUGUUUCAUGUCAGUACUCCUUCGACUUGGCACAAGACCGUUUGAGUGGACGCCGAAGAAUCGGCCGUGGGGUUCCGACCAAGCAACCUUGCGCUUUUUCACUGCCCAGCUACUCUUCUACGAUACCAUUGCCAGCACUGCCCUGGGCCAGCCUCCCCGAUUGCAGCAGUGGCAUCAACCGCUCCUUGAGGAACUUCCCGAUGAGAUUAAGCAACUGCUGCCCGGGAAUGAGAGAGAGACCAUCAGCCCGCAUAUCAACCUCGAGGAGUUUGCCGGUGUCCAGAACUGGGUCAUUCUUUGCAUUGGACAGAUUGCUUCCCUGGAUGCGUGGAAGAAGGAGAUGAAGCGUGCCGGGUCAUUUUCAGUGCCGCAACUUUUCAGCCGUGCAUCGACGAUCGAGCAGCGUCUGCGCACCUGCCUCGAAUCUCUCUCUGAUUGCCAGGCCGUCAAUGGCUCGUGUCCGGCAUCGUCCAUCAAUGGCUGUUCCCAGUCUCAACCUUUCUUACCCUAUUUCGCUUCUGAUGCCGGCUCUCCCUUCUCUCGUACCCUGCAUACAUCAGUUCUUAACACCCGGAUCUGGGCCCAAGCAGCCCUCACAUACCUGAGCGUGGUCUUAUCGGGCUUCCAGCCUUCAAGCCCCGAAAUCUGCGAGUCUGUAUCGGCCACAAUCGAGAUGCUUCUAUCUUUGCCGAAUCCGGAGUGCCUGCGCACACUCGUGUGGCCAUUUACCGUGACUGGGUGUCUGGCAAGCCCAGAACAGGAGCAUGUAUUCCGCAACCUCGUAUCAGCUAUGGGGCCAUUGAGCGUCCUGGGAACUGUCAGGGAAGGAUUGGCAAUCUUAGAAAAGGUCUGGGCUAGGAGACGUGAGAUAGAACAGGCACCCGAUGGGUGGGAUCUUGCAGCCUGCUUGGGGACGUUGGGCCAGCCAGCGUUGUUGAUCUGA